ACAGGUUGUGGUGGAAUGCUUCAUGUAACGCCCAGUUGAACUUACAUAAAAUGCUUGGCGGAAAGCUCUCAAUCGUAGCCAUGGCGAAACCUCUCGCAGGUGAGUCCCUCUGGCCACCACAUGCUUUCUAGCUCUGAGGCAUCGUACCCUUAUUUCGCUGCCUUAUUUCGUACUUUGCCCUACUUUUUAGCAGUCAUCAGUUGCUACUAAUUUUGUGUGUGUUUUUAAUCUGAUUAUGAACUUCGAUUCUAUUAUUUAUUUAUUUAUUUUGAAACGUCUAUAAUGACCUGUUUCUGUUAUAUACUUUGGAUAUCAUAUGUGUGUUUCUUUUAUUUUUAUUGCAAUUGUUAAGGCAGAAUCCGUUUACUUCGCUAGGUUGUAGGUUUGUUAUUGACUUGAAUCUCUUGGGGCGUUAUAGAGUUUCUCUGUUUCUUGAAUUUGUGGACUCUGUAGACUUUUCAAAAUUAGGGUUCGUAUGCCUCUUUUUUCAAGUGAGGAAAGAUGGUUACAAACUUACAAUAGCAUAAUUGAAGGAUGUUGAUGUUCAUGAGUGAAAGAAUGGUUUAGGAAUUGAACCCACAUACCGUUCAAAACCACCGAUCCUUGUCUCCAUCACCAGUCAAACAGUAGCAUGCUACUAGUCAAAUAUAAAUGGAACAAAAAUGAAACAUGAUUGUUAAACCUUUUCAAAAGAAUUUUGAAGUACUUUAGACAAUUAUCAAACUUGGUUACUAUUUAUUGACAUCUACCCAAAUUAAAAAAUAUAUUCAUUGUCGUUCUUGCAAAACUGACAGGAUGAUAAUAAUAAUAUGUUAUGCCUGCAACGGGUACAUUACAUAAUAAUAAUACAAGAAUUUAAAAACUUGAGCAAAACAUAAAAACAAAAAUACAAUUCAAAGUUGUAUUUAUUUUGUUAAAAUAAGAAAACUUGGCUUUUUUCUACUGGACUUUUGUUUCUCCACCGAAUUUCAUGUCUUUUUCCAAGCAAUUAGGUCUGCAGUUCUACAAUCAUUGUCUUUUAAAUAUAAAGUCUUGAGGGUUAUUCCAUCUUACAUCCAACUUUCUUUGCAUUCGUUUCCUAUAACUUUGCCCAACAAAGAUUUGAUUUUUAUAGGAUCCUUCCUGCAUACCGUCAAUGGCGUCUUCUUCAACUUCAUUCAUUCACAAGAGUUUCAAAUAUGAUGUGUUUUUAAGUUUCAGAGGCAAAGAUACUCGUAGGAACUUCGUUGAUCAUCUUUACUCUGCGCUUCAGCAGAAAAGCAUCCACACUUACAAGGACGAUGAGAGAAUAAAAAGAGGGAAAAUGAUCAGUAAUGAGCUCAUCGGAUCGAUUGAAGACUCAAAAUUCUACAUCAUUGUUUUUUCAAAGAAUUAUGCAUCUUCUUCAUGGUGUUUGGAUGAACUUGUGAAGAUAAUGGAGUGUCACAAGACGACCGAGCAUACUGCUUACCCCGUCUUCUAUGAUGUAGAACCCACUGAAGUCCGCAACCAAAGCCUGGCAGUUGGAGAAGCCUUUGCAAAACAUGAAAAAGAAGAGGCUGCUGGGAAAUGGAGAGAGGCUUUGAAAGAAGCAGCAGAUCUGGCUGGGUGGGAGUUGAAGAACACUGCUCAUGGGCAUGAAGCUAAAUUCAUCAAACAAAUUGUUGAAGAGCUUUCACUAGAGUUACGUUCCAUCAAUUUUAGCAUCGAUGAAAAACUAGUAGGCAUGGAGACUCGAAUCAAGGAUGUCAUAUCAUCUUUAGGAAUUGGUUUUGAUGAUGUUCGUAUGAUCGGUAUCAAGGGGAUGGGGGGUAGUGGGAAGACAACUUUGGCUAGAGUUGUUUUUGAUCAUAUAUCCUGUCAGUUUGAAGGUAAAAGCUUCGUUGAGAAUGUCAGGGAAGUUUCAAAUGCUUCUUUGUCCGGUUUAAAGGUUUUGCAAAAUCAAAUCCUUUUAGACGUCUUAAAUGAUCAAAACAUCAAAGCAAGUAGUGUUCAUGAAGGGAAAAACAUGAUGAAGAGGAUGAUGCCUGGUAGAAAGGUUCUUAUUGUUCUGGAUGAUGUGGAUCAUAUAGACCAACUUGAGGCGUUAGCCGGUGAGCCUAAUUGGUUUAAGCGGGGAAGUAGAAUUGUCAUUACAACAAGAGACGAGCAAGUUUUGUUAGCACAUCGAGUGAACUUGAUUCGUGAUGUGAAUCUGUUAUUGCGUGAGGAAGCAUUUUGCCUCUUUAGUAGGUAUGCAUUUGGGAGAGAGAUUCCAAUUCAAGGAUACGAAUGGCUAUCCGAACAAGUUGUACGCUAUGCUUGUGGUCUUCCUUUGACAAUCAGAGUUUUGGGUUCAUUUCUUUGUGCUAAAAACAAGCUUGAAUGGAUAGAUGCCCUAGAAAGAUUAAAAACAAUUCCGCUAAAGGAGACACUAAAAAAGUUAGAAUUAAGCUAUAUCGAUUUAGAGGAUGAUUACAAGGAAAUAUUCCUAGAUGUUGCAUGCAUACUAAAAGGUUGGCCAAAAUACUUAGCAAUCGAAGCGCUUGAAAGCUGUGGAUAUCAUGCUAGAAAUGGUUUAAGAGUUCUUGAGCAAAAAUCUCUCCUAACUAUUUCUCAUGAUAAGCCUGAUCAUAAGUAUGUAGGCAUUGAUGACCAUAUCGAGUAUGUGGGCAUGCAUGACCAUAUGGAAGAAAUGGGUAAGAAUAUUGUUCGUCGUUUGCACCUGGAUAAGCCGCAAAAACAUAGUCGAUUAUGGAUAGAAGAUGAAAUUGAAGAUGUAUUGGUUAAUGAAUUGGGUACUAAAGCGACAAGAUGUGUACGGUUUUACACGAAGAAACUCAAUCCGGAAAUUAUUAUGAAAGGUCUUCAAAAGAUGAAGGAACUUCGAUUUCUUGCCAUGUCCCCAAAUUCUUUCGAUUCAAGUUAUUGUAGCCGUUUUCGUUGGAAUUGGGAUUUUGAUAAAGUCAGCCCAUACUUUCCAAAUGUUUUACGAUAUCUGCGUUGGAACCAUUAUCCUUUUACAUCCUUACCUAAAACAUUUCAAGUAAAUAAUCUUGUUGCUCUUGGAAUGGCUUAUAGCGAUAUCGUACAACUAUGGGAAGGGGACGAAAGAAAGGUUCUUAACAAACUCAGAUUCCUUGACCUUAGUUAUUCAAUGUUGAGGACCCUUGACCUUGGUCUUACUCCCAAUCUUGAGGCGUUGACUCUUGUACAAUGUUAUAAUUUGGUAGAACUUCACAUGCCUGUUGAAUGUUUAAAGCUCAAAUCUGUCGAGCUCAGUGGUUCUAAGUUUAGGACCCUAGACCUUGGGUUGGCUCCAAAACUUGAGCUGUUAGAUCUUGAAAACUGUAGGAAUUUAGUAAAACUUCACAUGCCCAGUAGAUGUCUAAAUCUCAGAUCCCUCAAACUCACUACUUCAAGGUUGAAGACCCUUGACAUUGGGCCGACUCCGAAUCUUGAGUAUUUAAAUCUUAAAGGAUGUUAUUAUUUGGAAAAAAUCCAGAUGCCCAAUGAAUGUCAAAAGCUCACAUCCCUCAACAUUAGUCAUUCAAAGUUGAGGACCCUUAACAUUGGGCUGACUCCGAAUCUUGAGUAUUUAGAUCUUAAAGGAUGCCAUUAUUUGGAAAAUCUCCUCAUGACCAAUAAAUGUCAAAAGCUCGCAUCCCUCAACAUUACUCAUUCAAAAUUGAGGACCCUUGAUCUUGGGCUUACUCCAAAUGUCAAGAACUUAGAUCUUAAAGAAUGUUGUAAUUUGGUAGAACUUCAAGCUCCCAUGGGAUGUUUAAAAAAACUUGUCUCCUUACACUUAAGUGAUCGCUCGAGGUUUAGAUCAUUUUCGUUUCAGAUAGAUGACGAUACUUCUUGUAGUGUGGAUGAAUUGCUUAAGGUUGGUCCUCUAGCUGAGCUACAUCUGACUGCGAAAUCCAUAGAAAGAUGCCCAUUUCACCCUGAAAAUAUUAUGCCAAAGUUUCAGUUUACAUAUUUUUAUAAAGAUGUACCUUUAUUGACUAGAAAUCUUGAGAAGCUUAUUUCUGUUGGUCUGUGUGCUUGCACAAACCUUGAGACGUUCUCAGGAAGCAUUUGUGGGCUACAACAUCUAAGAAUGCUUAAACUUCAAGGCAAUAUUCCUCAGGUGCCCAAGGAUCUUGACCAGUUAGAAUGUCUUGAGGAGCUAAGUUUUUCAUAUACAAAGAUUAAACAUCUUCCCGAUAAUAUUUGUAUGCUGAAACAUCUGAAAUCUCUCGAACUUAUAUCAUGUCGACGUCUUGGUAAGCUACCGGAUGAUCUUGGCCUUUUAGAAUGUUUAGAGAAGCUAACUCUGUCAUUUACAAAGAUUAAGUAUCUUCCGGAUAGUAUCUGUAUGUUGAAAUUUCUGGCGUCUCUUAAACUUACUGAUUCCUCGUUGCUUGAGAAGUUACCUGAGGAUCUUGGCCAAUUAGAAUGUUUAGAGAAGCUAAUCCUAAGGGAUUGUAAAUUUUUACAAGAAAUCCCGAGCAGCAUCUGUAAGAUGACAUCUCUAAAAGAGUUGGAUAUAGAAGGUACAUGCAUAAGUCGUCUUCCACAGAGCAUUGUUUUGUUAAAAGGUCUGCAUAUUAUUGGGUGUAGAGGGCUUCUUGAGUCGUGUGGUUUUACAUCCAAGAUUCGAACUUCAGCAAACAAAAGGUUCUGCUUCAUAGACAUGUGAGUAACUCAGGCACCCACAGCAGGAGUCUCCUCUACAAUGCUCAACGGAUGAUUUUGAGAAGCAAACAAGGCCCAAGAAAA